AUGGAAGCCCAUCAAUCUCCAGACACCAUUCAAGACCUGAGACGAGAAAUUGAAGCUCUUCGCAACGAGAAUGCUCAAUUACGAGGCCAGCUUGGGCUUCAAUCGUCCAUAUUUCAACAAACAUCGACAUUAAAAUCAGAGGAUUUGACCCGAUGGGACAUUGCUCGAUAUUCCCGACAACUCCUUGUACCUGAUAUUGGUGUUAAAGGGCAACGAGCGCUUAAGGCAUCAUCAAUAUUAGUAGUCGGUGCUGGAGGAUUGGGAGCUCCAUCAAUAUUAUAUCUGGCUGCUGCUGGAGUAGGAAGAAUUGGGAUUGUCGAUCACGAUCAAGUAGAAGCUAGUAACUUGCAGCGACAAGUCAUUCAUGAUGAGACUCGUGUUGGAAUGUCGAAAGCUGCUUCUGCCAGGCUGAGUGUACAGAGACUGAACUCUCUUAUUGAAGCGGUUGAUCAUCAAGUCCUGUUGGACUCUUCGAACGCCAUGGAGAUCAUAUCACAGUAUGAUAUCGUACUAGACGCAACAGACAACGCAGCAACCCGAUACCUCCUAAAUGACGCUUGUGUCCUACUACACAAGACCCUUAUAUCAGCAUCAGCGCUCCGUAUGGAUGGCCAACUCUCCGUUUACCACCACAAAACCCCAUCGACAAACAUAUAUUCACCAUGCUAUCGAUGCAUCUUCCCAACUCCACCGCCGCCAGAAACAGUGACCAACUGUUCCGAUGGUGGUAUAUUGGGCGUCGUUACUGGAGUCAUGGGAUGUAUACAGGCCUUAGAAGCUAUACGUAUCAUUGUUGGAUCUGAGUCUGCGUAUGCUGGGAAACUAUUGAUGUUUGAUGCUAGUGAGUGUUCUUUCAGGAGUGUGAAGUUACGAAAACGGAAGGUGGAUUGUGCUGUCUGUGGAGAUGAGCCUAGUAUAACGGGGUUGAUUGAUUACGUGCAGUUUUGUGGUGCUGGACCUCAUGACAAGACGCUAUCACAACACGUCUUAUCUCCAAAGGACCGUACAUCAGCCAAAGAAUAUUCUCUUGUACGAGAAUCCGGCAUUCCUCAUCUCUUAUUGGACGUGCGUCAAAAUAUAGAGUUUGAUAUUUGUUCUCUGCCUGGAUCUACAAAUAUACCAUUAUCACAACUUGAAUCUCGAAUCGACGAAAUCAAAACAUCGUUACUGAAAGAGGUAUAUGUGAUUUGCAGACGAGGGAAUGAUUCGCAGUUGGCUGUCAGGAGCUUGAUUGCGCGUCAUUCAGUGACGGGUGUUAAAGAUGUUGUCGGUGGGCUUGUUGCAUGGACGAGGGAAGUCGAUCCUGGGUUUCCAGAGUAUUGA